UCGUUUGGUAACUCUGUUACAGAUCUAACGUGUAAAAUGCGGUUCCUGUUCAAAGUUUUCCCAUUGUUCGCCGUGUUGAUACUCCACGCAAAAUGUGAUACGCUUCAAAACGCUACUGUAACUGUGGCUACGUUGCUCGAAAGCCCGUAUACCAUGCAUGCCAAGUUAAGUGAGGGCGAGGUUUUAACCGGUAAUGCGAGAUAUGAAGGAUACAUAAUCGAUUUACUUGAUCUACUUGCUAAAAAUUUGGGUUUCAGCUAUGAUGUGCAAAUCGUAGAAGAUCACAGGUAUGGUGCAAUGCAUAAUGGAAAAUGGGAUGGUUUAAUCGGUGAAGUACGCAGUGGUCGUGCGAAGAUCGGUGCCGCGGCUAUUACUAUCACCAGUUUACGCGAAGCGGCAGUGGAUUUCACUAUUCCAUUCAUCAACUUGGGCAUCAGCAUACUUUACAAACGUUCAACUGAUGGCAAAGCCCUACCCUUUACUAAUGUAGAAGAACUUGCUGCAGCGGAAACUAUAAAAGUCGGUUGUGUUCUGGGUGGAGCAACUUACCAAUUUUUCAAGAACUCAGAUAUUCCAGCAUACAAACGCAUCUACGAACGCAUGGAAUCCGCUGAUCCCCCGACAUUUACACAGACAGUUGCUGAAGGCAUUGAACGCGUACAAAGUGGGGACUAUGCAUUUUUCAUGGAAUCAACGUCUUUAGAUUAUGCUGUGCAACAUAAUUGUGAUUUACAGCAAGUUGGUGGACUUCUUGACUCGAAAGGUUUCGGACUAGUAGUUGAGCAAGGAUCGCCUUUUAGGGAAUUGCUAUCGCAGGCUAUACUCUUAUUGCAAGAAUCCGGUGAUUUGGCGAAAUUGCACGAUAAAUGGUGGAAAAUGAAUGCUCAAAAAUGUGACCAUUAAGAUGUAAUGUUACAUUGGAAAUAAAGCAAUAACUAUUCAAAU